GAUCGUCUGACUCCCUGGACUUCCUGUGUCCUGCUGAAGUGUCUUUGAGCCAGACGCCGAAUCUCUGCCAGGAAGAGAGAAACCUGAGAGCCGUUCCAGCAUGGAGGGGAGGCAGGGUCUUCUCCUUGUCCUCAUCAUAGCAGCGUGUUUCUAUGGCAACGCUGCUCAGAGCACAGUCUGCACUCAAGAGGCAGUAGCUGACAUCGUCUUCUUGGUGGACGGGUCGUGGAGCAUUGGCAGCCAGAACUUCGACCAGAUCCGUCAGUUUUUGCAAACGCUGGUUGACAGCUUUGACGUCGGGCCUGAUCGUGUUCGCAUCGGGCUGGUCCAGUACAGCAACAAUGUACGCACCGAGUUCCUGCUCAACACCUACGACAGCAAGGACGACAUCCUGGAAUACAUCGAGACAUUACCUUACAUGGGAGGCGGCACUCAUACGGGGAAAGGCUUGGACUUCAUGCUGAAACAUCACUUCGUGGAGGCCGCGGGAAGCCGGGCGGCCCAGAAUGUGCCGCAGAUCGCUGUGGUGAUCACAGAUGGCAAAUCGCAAGACAACGUGGAGUCCCACGCCCAGGAUCUGAAGAGAAAGGGAAUUGUUUUGUAUGCAAUUGGUAUUAAAGAUGCGGAUGUAACCCAGCUGAAGGAGAUAGCGAACAAGCCGCACAGUCAGCAUGUCUACAGUGUGUCAGAUUUUACAGCGCUGCAGGGAAUCUCUCAGAACAUCGUCCAGACGUUGUGCACAACUGUAGACGAAGUCAAACGACAACUCUUGCAGUUGUCUGAAGAAUGUGCCAAAGCCACGGUGGCCGACAUCGUCUUCCUGGUCGACGGUUCCUCCAGCAUCGGCAUCACUAACUUUCAGGAGGUCCGACAGUUUCUGCGGAGUGUGAUUUCAGGCCUCGACAUUGGCCCUGACAAAGUUCGGAUUGGUUUGGCGCAGUACAGUGAUGAACCUAGCCAGGAGUUCCUGCUGAAUGAACACAUGGACAAGAAUUCCCUCCUGGAUCAAGUGGCCAACUUUCCCUACCUGACAGGAGGCACAGAAACAGGCAAGGCCAUCGACUUCAUUCGGACACGGUACUUCAACGAUGCUGCCGGGAGCCGAGUCAACCAGCGGGUGCCUCAGAUCGCUGUCGUCAUCACAGAUGGAGACUCCACAGAUGAUGUAAAUGGUCCCGCCCAGCGUCUGAGGCAGCAUGGAGUCAUUGUGUUUGGCAUCGGGGUGGGACAAGCAAACCUAGCACAGCUCAAGUCUAUUGCCAACAAGCCUUCACAUCGCUUCAUGCACCACAUCAAUAACUUCCAGGCUCUCCAGGAGCUGACUGAUGAUCUGCUGCAAACUGUGUGUGUCUCUGUGGAGGACCAGACACAAGCCUUGACUGAAAGAUUUGCAGAUAUUUUCUUCCUGGUGGACAGUGGCGUGACUACAGUAAACUUCCAGCAGAUCAGGGCUACCCUCAACCGACUGGUCAAUCAACUGAACAUCUCUGCCUCUGCUUUCCGCAUUGGUUUGGCCCAGUAUGGUAAAGAUACCAAAGUUGAAUUUCUUCUUAAUGCCCACAAAACUAAAGCGGAGACCCAGGCUGCUACCAAGAGUUUCCGCUUGCGCAGACUGCAAACCAACGAAGAACGGAAGCUGGGAAAUGCAUUGGAGUAUGCCAGGACUAACUUUUUCACCAGUGAGGCGGGGGGUCGGGCGGACCAAGGCUACAGACAAUUCCUGGUUGUCAUGAGUGGAAAGAACUCAGAUGAUGAUGUGUAUAAGCAGUCACGAAAGCUCAAAUUAGAAGGAGUGACAGCGGUGGCGGUGAGCCUUGGUGCAUCAAUGUCGGAAAUGCGUGUCGUAGCCAGUCCUUCUUAUGCAUUUGACUAUACUAGCAACCUUACACUUAUCUUGAAGGCUGUGUUCGAAAAAGUGGAAGACGUGACCAAUGUGACUAGAGAUUGCAACGCAGCCAAUCUGGCAGACAUUGUGUUCAUCAUUGACGAGUCUGGAAGCAUCGGAACUCCCAACUUCCAGCUGGUUCGCCAUUUCCUGCAUUCGAUUGUGAGUGGCCUGAAUGUCAGUAAUAAUACGGUCCGAGUGGGCAUCGUAACGUUUAAUGACAGGGCCACAGCACAGGUCUACCUCAACACCUUCAAUGACCAGAAGGAAUUGCUGAAUUUCAUCAAAAUCCUGCCUUACCGUGGAGGUGGUACGAACACCGGAGAAGCCCUAAACUUCACCCGGGAGAAGAUUUUCACUGAGGCGAAUGGAAGUAGGAAAAAAAAGGGUUACCAGCAGGUGGCUGUGGUGAUCACAGACGGUAAAUCUCAGGACAACGUGAGUACAGCAGCAGCUGAUCUCCGUCGAGCUGGUGUUACUGUUUAUGCAGUUGGAAUUAAAGAUGCCAACAAGAUAGAACUGGAAGAGAUGGCAUCUUACCCCUCCCAUAAGCAUGUGUUUAUUGUGGACCGUUUUGACAAACUGAAAGCGCUGGAGCAGAGCUUGCAGAAAAGUCUUUGCCAUAAUAUCUUGCGCCAAGCAGUCACAAUCAAUACAAGAAGAACUGACAUCAAAAAAGGCUGCAUACAAACAGAUGAAGCAGACAUCUUCUUCCUGAUUGACCAUUCAGGAAGCAUUUAUCCCUCUGACUUCCAUGACAUGAAGAAGUUCAUCUUAGAGUUUCUUGAUACUUUCCGUAUUGGACCAGACCAUGUCCGUGUGGGGGUUGCAAAAUAUGCAGAUUCGCCAAACUUGGAAAUUGGUCUGAAUCAGUACACAGAUGUUAAGGCACUGGAGAAAGCAGUGGAAGGUAUUAAACAACUAGGAGGUGGGACAGAGACAGGAAGAGCGCUGGAAUUCAUGAGCAAAUACUUUAGCACUCGUGAUCACAAAGUCCCAGAGUACCUGGUGGUCAUCACUGAUGGAAAGUCCGCUGAUGAAGUCAAGGUUCCUGCAGAAAAACUGAGGAUGCAAGGCAUCAAAAUCUACGCUAUUGGGGUGAAAAGUGCAGAUAGAGAUGAGCUGCUGGAGAUUUCCGGAGACCCCACGAAGAUGUUCUUUGUCAAUAAUUUUGAUGCCUUGACACCCAUCAAGGAUAACAUUGUCACAGACAUAUGUGCUACAGAUGCUUGCAAAGAUUUACCAGGUGACCUCCUUUUCUUGAUUGAUAGCUCUGGGAGCAUCGAAGCAGAAGACUACAUUAAAAUGAAAAACUUCAUGAAAUCUGUGAUUAGCAAGUCCGUCAUCGGGCAGGAUGAGGUGCACGUUGGUGUAAUGCAAUACAGCACAGUGCAACAAGUAGGGUUCACCCUCAACCAGUACUACAGCAAAAAUGACAUGUCAAAUGCUAUUGAUGCUAUGCGGCAGAUAGGUGGAGGCACGGACACGGGUGAAGCCAUCACAGCAUUGUCACAGUAUUUCACUAUAGCUAGAGGGGGGCGUCCUAACCUGAGGCAGACGCUAAUAGUGAUAACAGACGGAGAGUCCCAGGACGAGGUCAAAAGCCCCGCUGCAGCUCUGAGGGCCAAGGGUGUGGUGAUCUAUGCUAUUGGAGUGGUGGACGCCAAUACCACCCAGCUGUUGGAGAUCAGUGGGUCACAAGAGAGGGUCUACUCUGAGAAGGACUUUGAUGCUCUGAAGGACUUGGAGAGCGAGGUGGCUUUGGAGCUCUGUGAUCCAGGAAGAGAUUGUAAGAAGACAGAAAAAGCAGACAUUAUUUUCCUGGUGGACGGCUCCACAAGCAUAACACUGGAGAAGUUUAGAAGCAUGCUGAAAUUCAUGGAGUCAAUGGUGAACCAAACCACAGUUGGCAAAGAUCUGACUCGCUUUGGGGUCAUUAUCUACUCCGACAACCCCCAAUCAGUUUUUACUCUGAAGGAGUAUACCUCCAAACCACAGGUUUUAAACGCUAUAAAAGCACUGAAGUCCCCAAAUGGAAACACCUAUACUGGCAGGGCUCUGGAAUACUCACGACAGUUCUUCAGUGCUCAAAAUGGCGGUCGGGCAGCACUGCAAGUGCCUCAGAUUCUCAUGGUAAUCACAGAUGGUGAUGCUACUGACCGUCACAGUCUGACUAAGCCAUCUGUGGCCCUGCGAGACGAAGGGAUCACCGUCUUCAGUAUUGGAGUGGAGGGAGCCAACAAGACCCAGUUGGAGAUCAUGGCUGGUCAAGACAAGUCCAGAGUUUUCUAUGUGGACAAUUUCGACGCCCUGGAAACUCUGUACAAGAAUAUUACUGAAGUCCUCUGUAACUCCACCAAGCCAGUCUGUGAAAAACAGAAGGCGGACCUGAUCUUUCUGGUCGAUCAGUCUGGCAGCAUUGGACCGACUGAUUACACCCUUAUGAAGAAGUUCACGACAGAACUUAUACAAAACUUCAAAGUCAGCAAAGAUUUAGUGCAUGUUGGACUUGCACAGUUCAGCGACACUUUCCAGAAUGAGUUUCAUCUCAACAAAUACUACACCGAACAGGAGGUGACUGAGCACAUCAUGAAAAUGCUGCAAACAGGUGGAGGCACCAAAAUUGGACUGGCCCUGAAUUACAUUAAAGAAUAUUUCACAGCAGCCAAAGGCAGCCGUAAGUCUGCUGGGAUCUCCCAGAAUCUAGUGAUAAUCACUGAUGGUGAAUCAGAAGAUGAUGUGGAGGAUGCAGCUGAAUAUCUCAGGCUCCAGCUGAAAAUUGAGAUUUUUGCCAUCGGCAUCGGAGACGUCCAUCAUCUGCAGCUCCAUCAGAUGACUGGUACUCCAAAGAGGGUGUUAACCGUGGAGAACUUCGGCAGCCUGGAAAAGAUCAAGCAAAAAGUGGUUGACACCAUCUGCACAUCCACUAACCCACCAGACCCACCUUCGUGCAGCAUCGAUAUUGCAUUCGGCUUCGAUAUCUCCCUAAGAGCAGGAGUUUCUGAGCUGGCCAGAGACCACAUCAAGCUCCAGACCUUCCUCCCAGAGAUUGCCCAUUACGUUUCCUCUGUGCAAGGUCUGUGCUGCACUGGCACCGAACCCAUUAACCCUAACAUUGGUUUUCGAGUGUUAAGCGGUAAUUCCCUGGAAGAUUACAAGUUUGAGCCUUACAGUGAGGGGACGGUCACCAAAGUCAUGAAGUUGAAUAUGGCGGAGCCCACUUCCUUCAACACUGACCUGCUGAGAUCCUUCGAGGAGAAGUUCAGGACCCAGUCCAAUGCUGGCGUGAAGGUGCUGGUCAUCUUCUCAGACGGGCUUGAUGAAGACGUGAUGACACUGGAGCAGGAAUCAGAGCGGCUUCGACAGUCUGGGAUCAGCGCUCUGCUGGUUGUGGCUCUGGAAGGAGUGCGUGAUCCUGCUCCGCUGCAGAUGGUGGAGUUUGGGCGAGGUUUCGGUUACAAACUUCCUCUCAGCAUCGGCAUGCCAAGUGUCGGCAGCACCAUCCUCAAACAGAUUGAUGCAGUGUCAGACAAGGAAUGCUGCGGCGUCAUGUGCAAAUGUUCGGGACACGAAGGCUUCCGCGGCUCUCGGGGGCCGCCAGGGUCAAAGGGUGAGACUGGACAGAAGGGUUACCCCGGGUUCCCAGGAGAGGAGGGCGUUGCCGGUGAUCGCGGCGGUCCAGGACCCAGCGGACCUCAGGGUGUGCAGGGUUGUCCUGGACUCAGAGGAAUGAAGGGCAAUCGAGGCCUGAGAGGAAACAGGGGAGCAGAAGGAGAUGACGGGCUGAACGGAGUCGAUGGAGAACAGGGAGCGACGGGAGCAGACGGAAGCAGAGGAGAGAGAGGAAGUUCAGGAAACCCAGGUAUCCCAGGUAUCAGAGGAGAGACGGGGCUGAGAGGAGAUCGAGGACUCAGAGGAGAUCCGGGUGAACCAGGUCGAGAUAACACCGUACCAGGAGCCAAAGGAGAGCCAGGGAAUCCAGGUUUACCGGGAAUAAACGGAGCGGACGGACGGCCGGGUGAGAGUGGAGUCGUUGGAGAGCCGGGUCCAGAUGGAAGGAGAGGAACGCUCGGUAACAAGGGAGCUCCCGGCCCUCCUGGCGAUCCCGGACUAACAGGCGUUCCAGGUGCUUCGGGUCAACAGGGAAAGCUCGGGGUCAGAGGUCAACCUGGGCCCAGAGGAAUCCCUGGACUUCCUGGACCUCAGGGUCGACCUGGAUCCCCCGGUAGAGCAGGACAGACCGGCCGCCGUGGUGGGACCGGACAGAAGGGCCAACCAGGAGAUCCAGGACCUCAGGGUGUUCCCGGAUCGCUGGGAUCCAGAGGAAUGCCGGGUCAGGAUGGUAAAGACGGUUAUGGGCCUGCAGGAUCCAAAGGUGCAAAGGGAGAUCCUGGUUUCCCUGGUUACCCCGGCUUAUCAGGUGAGUACGGACUGGAAGGACCCAAAGGAAACCCGGGACGGAAAGGGAACAUCGGACGAGGGGGAAACUCUGGCCGGUCUGGAGAAUCAGGAGGGAAAGGAGAGCCGGGAUACUCAGGACAUCGGGGCCACAAAGGUCCUCCAGGAGGCAAAGGCAAGACUGAGUGUCAGCUGAUCACGUACAUCAGAGAUAACUGUGCUUGCUCCAUGGAUCGGUCAGAGUGUCCGGCGUUCCCCACUGAGCUGGUGUUCGGCCUGGACAUGUCUGGGGACGUAGACAACCGCAUGUUCGAGAGGCAGCGCACCGCCCUCCUCUCUCUGCUGGGUGACAUCACCAUCGCUGAGAGCAACUGUCCGACCGGCGCCCGCGUGGCCGUGGUGGCAUACGGCAGUCACACUAAGCACCUGAUCCGUUUCCAGGACUACCGCCGCAAAGCCCAACUCAUCGAAGCCGUGAAGAACAUCGCCCUGGAGCGCUCGUCCAACCAGCGCCAACUGGGAGCCGCGAUGAGCUUCGUAGGUCAGAACGUCUUCAAACGCACCCGUGCAGGAGUGUUGAUGAGGAAGGUGGCUGUGUUUUUCUCCUCCAAAUCGGUACAGGAUAAUAGGGACAUCGUCACCGCCGUCAUGGAGUAUCGUGGUUUGAACAUCGUCCCUGCGGUCAUCUCACUGGAGGCUUCUCCUCAAGUUCGUCAAGCGUUGGAGCUGGAUGACACAGGAGCCUCCAUCUUCACAGUGCUGGGGAGCAACAACGGUGCUGAACUGAGGAGGGUCAAGAACUGUGCCAUAUGUUACGACCCCUGCAAACGUGCAGAGGAGUGUGCCUUCAUCCAGGAAUCAGUGCGGCCUCAGGAAGUGGAUCUGGACCUGGUGAUGGUGGCUGACAGCUCCAGGCUGAUGCAGGCUGAUGAGUUCGCUGGCACCCAGCAGCUGUUAAGCUCUGUGGUGGAGCAGCUGGCUGUGAGCUCGCAGCCUGGCCGGCGCAACAACCAGGCCAGAGUGGCUGUAGUCCAGCAGAGCGGCACUCGCACUCCCAAGUUGGAGUUUGGCCUGCAGACAUACCAGGACCAUGAGCAGAUGAGGCAGCACCUGAUAACGGGCAUGCAGCAGCAGGGCGGCUCCUCAGCGCUGGGACAGACGCUGGAUUUCACUCUGAGGAAUGUGCUCCUGAGGGCCAGCCAGCCCCGCAGGAAGAAGGCAAUGCUGUGUGUGGUGGGCACCCAGACGUCUUAUGAGGACCAGGCCAGACUACAAUACAUCUCCCAGAAGGCCAAGUGUGAGGGGGUGGCGAUGUUUGUGGUGACGGUGGGCGACCGCUACGACCGGAAGCAGGUGGAAGAGCUGGCCAGUCAGCCUGUACAGCAGCACCUGAUCCAUGCUGGGCGACUGAGGGCCGACGAGCAGGGCUACGCCCAGCGCUUCUUCAGGGUCUUCCUCUCCACCCUCAACAAGGGAAUAAACAAAUAUCCUCCUGCUGAUUUGAAACGGACCUGCGAUCAGCUGAUAGAACAAGUACAAGGACAAGGACAAGUUAUCUUCAGCGGCAGAGCUGAAGGAAGGAGGGGAGGAAGAAAGGAAAGAAGGAAAAAGGAAGGAAGGAAGAAAGAAACAGACGGCUGUGAUCAGCUGGUAGUAAAUGUGUGUGUUCUGCUUUCAGCCUGGUGUCAGCUGGAUGCUGAUAUCGGCAUCCCGUGUGCAGAGUAUGUCCAACAUUGGUUCUUUGACAAAGCCAUCGGUGCAUGCUCGGCCUUCUGGUAUGGUGGCUGCGGCGGAAACGCUAACCGCUUUAAAACGGAACAUGAAUGUUUGCGGACAUGUGGCUCACAUCAUCGUGUCGUCCUGUCAAGGCCGCAGCCGACCCAUUUCAUCGCCAGAGACCUGUGCUCGCUCGGCCAGGACCCCGGCAGCUGUCAGAAUUACACCAUGAUGUGGUUCUUUGACACGAUUCAGAGCGAAUGUUCCCGUUUCUGGUACGGAGGCUGCGGCGGAAACGAAAACCGCUUCAAGACGCAGCAGGAGUGUGAAAACCAGUGUGUGACGGAGAGCCGAUGAGAAGCUUCUCACUCAAACAUUUAUCAGGAAAACUUUUAUAAGAAAACUCUCACGUUCAAGAAAAAAAAAGAGUAAAACGGUUUCCUAGUUUAAACCGUUAACUUCUUUGU